AUGGACAGUGCACCAUAUGAUAAAGUACAAAUAAAUAAAAGCCCUAAUAUGGCAAGCCUCAAAAUAGAUAUGUUUCUAAGGAUAAAUAAUGUGACAAAAGAAGAAAUUAAGAGUGAUAUCCUGCUUACUCAUCUCACCGAUGAAACCUACCGCUUAGUACGUAACUUAGCGUACCCUAAAACGGUGGAAUCGUUAACUUAUAACGAGCUAGUUCAAAUACUCAACAGCCAUUUCAAACCAAAGCAGUGCUCCUUCGUAGAUAAGGCCAACUUUUUUGGAGCGACUAGAAGUCCAGGAGAAUCACUGGGAGACUGGGCGGCGCGAUUAAGAGGACUAGCAAGCUAUUGCGAAUUCGGCGACGCCCUGGAAACGAAUCUGAGAGAUCGUUUUGUCCUAGGCCUGGGCUCUGGCCCGGAACGCGACAAGCUGUUCGAGCAGAACCCGACAACACUUACGCUAACUAAGGCGAUUGAAAUAGGGGAACAAGCUGCUUGCGCAAGAGAGGUAAAGGUGAUGCUGAAUACGAGCGAUUUUGGGCUCAUCAAGGAAGAGCCUGUGUAUCGUGCAAAAAUUCACCAGUUCGCUCGGGGAAGCGGAGGUGACGGCAGUGGCAAUGACAGUGUCGGCGCUAGGACAUCGCGACGCGAAACUGGCUCCUGUUCAGUUUGCGGUGAUACUGUUUGGGCUCGGUGGUACAGUGCCCGGAAAGAAACUUGGGAGUUAGGUAAAAUUAAAGAGAAGGUCGGUAGUAAAAUGUACAAAAUAUUUAUUAUAAAAUAUGAAGCAACAUGCAUUAGACAUAUAGAUCAGCUGUUAAAAUUUACGGGCAACGAUAAUUCAUUAAAAAUUAAUAACACUGAUAAUGUUGAGAGUCGCAAUUUUCAGUCGUUACCCUUGUCACCGUCUAUGCCCGUUAAUGCUCCUUUAUCCGAACCUUCUGUAGGCAAUCCUCGGUCAUCGACCAUAGUAGAGCAACCCGUUAAUACUGACGCAAUAGACCAUGAUAAUGGGGAAGAAUCGGGCGAUUAUUCGGCACAGGACAGCGUGGGAGACUCAACAGAGAUUCCGGAAGCGUCAGAUUCGCCUGAAGCUUCCGAAAACGGAGUCAAACAGCCUCAGAGCGAUUCUGUCCGCUCCAAUGACGUACCACCAGCGCAGGCACCGACACCCGCUCGUCAACUGCGCCCCCGGAAGAGGAUAGAUUAUAAGAAAUAUUUUUAA